CAGAGCCGUCGCCAGCCCGCUCGUGGUGAUCCAUCACAACCCGUCACCCUGCGCACCCAACAAACUUGAACUCGCGCUGCUUCUCACAUCCAUCAUUCAUCUCGGACCAGCCUACCAACAGCACAUAGGAUUUUUUUUCUUUUGUUUCGCGAGCCGGUCACUGAGGUGUCAAGACGACAACUUAUUGCAGUGAGUUCGCAGACGCGUUGGGCCGCUGUGUUUCCUUUUACCUGAGCUGCGUCCGAAGCGAGUCUACCUUCACCCAUACGCCCGACCGUAAAGCCAUUGUCGCUUUUCGCCCUGAUCCAAUCCCUUUCAAUCCUUCCACCUGUCGACAGAUCUCUGGUUAUCACGAGACCGGGCUUUGACGCCCCCCCAAGUCAUCGCUCCUACUACCGCUACGCGCGCUUUCGUUUACUGCUCUCGAUGUCCUCUGAAACUGAGACGGAAGUCUAUUUUUCUCCCCCAGGAGUUCGCGAUAGCGACACAGAAGAAAGUACCGAAGAUCACGACGAAAGCCCGGAAACCCAGGGUACAGAGAUGUCGGGUCAGAUGAUCGGGCGCAAGCGAACCGCGAGUGAAAUGGAGGACGACGCGAGCGCGGUCGCAGACUCUUACGAAAAUCAAGGAACAAGACAGGGUUCUGAAGUAGUAUAUACUAAUGAACCCGACCCUCCCGUGUACACCGUCAUUUGCCCUUUAACGCCUCGGCGCAAGAGAAUUCUGGAAGAGGAGAAUGAGGAUGUCACCAUCCUCCGUGUCUACCCGGAGCAACUGUCGUAUCUGGCAAUUGACUUUGCUGUGAAACCGGGCUCCAGUUGGGAUAGCCUUAAGAGAUAUAAAAAUGCACAGUUGUCUGAGCGCGUCGGUCCUCAAUUUACUCUUGGCUCGUUCGCUUAUGUUAAUCGCCAUUUGCCGCCGCAACCUGCGCCUUCGGAGGAUGCAUCAGAGGAGGAGAAACUAGAGUAUGACAAGGCCAAUUUUUGGGUGGCCCUUGUAUCUGAAAUCAAAGCCGAGGACCAGGCAACGGUCUUUGCGCGGGUCUUCUGGCUGUACUGGCCAGAUGAACUACCCAUGGGACGACAGCCAUACCACGGCAAAAGAGAACUGGUGAUGAGCAAUCAUGUUGACAUCAUCGAGGCGCAAACACUGACGUGGACUGCUGAAAUCAGCCAUUGGAACGAGAGUGACGACUCCAACAAAACGCAGCUUGGUGAGACAUACUGGCGCCAAACUCUUGACAUCAAUAAAGCGGCCGGCGACCCUCGGGCGCUCAGCAAGCUCCGAAAGUUCUGCAUCUGCGGAGGCUAUGACAAUCCCGAGCUGGAGAUGUAUCAGUGCCUGGGCUGCCGCACGUGGAACCACGAAGCUUGCUUGAUUACCGCGAUGGAACAGAGGGCGUGGGAGCGGUUCAAGAAGGGGACUCUGACCAACGAAUCUCAAGAGAAGGGAGAAAACGGAACUUCGAGUCGAAAACCCUCUAAGAUGACUAAGCGUGCGUUCAAGUUGAAAUUGAAGGGCAAGAAGCCAUGGGCAGGUAAACUGGAGGGCAAGAUCUCUCGAGUCGACAAGCUCGGCGUGGAUGAAUUCAUCCACGCUGCAACGAUCCGGCAACUGGUGCCUCAAGGCAAGGACAAGAUCAAUGGCCCCUUUGGACCCGUGGUAUGGAGCAUGGAAAUGAAUUGCCUGCGAUGCAACCGACCGUUAAAUUGAACAUUAGUAUGGAUCUUCAUUCGGGUGGCACUCGCAUUUCCACAACUUUCCUCGCAAGGGGAACCGAUGGGUUGGACAUGAAUUUUGACGGCAGGCAAUUUUGAGCAGUAUGGAGACUUGGCAAUCAUGACAGUUCCAGGUUGCUUGACGUUGCUACAGAGUUUGAGCUUGAAUCGGGGAUAUGAUAUCUUCUUCUUGUCUUUAAAAAAAGGAAAAUGACGAUUGCUACGCGGGCAACUCUAGCAACACAGCUAUGAAACAGAGGAUUUUUUGGGGUCUUUGAAAUGGCGAGCGAACUUUGAAUCCGGAAGGCGAGUCAUUCACAUAACAAGGGCAGCAGAAACCAGAAAUAUCUCCAUAAUCGCCGUAAUAAUGAUGGUGGUCGGUAGUGUUUGAGCACUCGGUCGUUGGUGAGGGUCGGAUGGCGGUCAGAGGGC